CCAUUUUAGCUAGGGUUUCAAACUCCUCUCUCUCUCUAGAUCUGAGGAAAAAUGGACUCUCCCAAUGAUCAGGUGCUUGGUGACUUCAUGAUCGACAAUGAGACCGGAGCUAUGGAAAUACAACAGUCAGAUGUUAUAGAAGAAGAAGAGGAAAAGGAUCCAUUUCUCAAAUUCAUCAACUACGCCAAGUCGAUUCUGUAUCAGAAUGCAGGUGAUUUAGAAGAAGAUUCGGUGCAUUGUCCGGGUUGGAGCUGGAUUACGAAUCGGAUUAUCAAAACUUGCGUUGCUUACUCGAGUGGUGUAACCCCUGCUAUUCUGCUCUCCGAACUUUCUCUGGCCUGGAAUGAGUACAAUAGAAGUGGAGCUCCAAAAAAACAGCCAGACUUCAUUGCCAAGUUAAAGAGGAAGCAUAAGAGAGCAAAGCUCCCAAACACCAUUACAAUUGAUUCAAUAUAUGAGAAGAAGUUCUUGUCGUUGAGUAGUGUCAUUGAAGCAGUUAUAAUUGAUGCUUUCACUCUUCCAGGAACAAACAUCUACAUGCUGACUUUGGGGGAUAUUUGGAGCUCCAAUACUAUAGAUCUUUAUCUUCACAGGAGGUUUUACAGCAUUGCUGAUCCCAAAAAUGGGAUUCUGAGAAAAGGCCGUGAAGUUUUGUUAACGGGUUGCUAUCUUCGGGUUGCCACAGGAAGUUCAGUGUUUGCACGUCUUUUACCAACUGAGUAUUUUGUUGUACUGCUGGAUGAGGAUGAAGAUGAUGAUGCCAUGCUUCUCGGAGCACAGUUUUGUUCUGAUUCCUUCUCUUCAAUUUCUCUUGAUGCGGUGAAGGAAGGGGCAUCUUAUUCAUUGUAUGCAAGAAUUGAGCAUAUAGGACCAUUGGAAGUUCAGGGUAAAUAUGGCAGCUUACAGAGGAAACAAAUUACACUUGUUGAUAAUGAUGGAAUUAGAUUAAAGUUUUUUCUCUGGGGAGAGCAGGUCCUAGUUGCCAAUCUGUUCAGUGUCGGAAGUAUGCUUGCCAUUGAUAGGCCUUUUGUCGCUAGUGAUAUAGAUAGUUCUGUUGAACUUUGCGAUGAAAUUUGCCUGGAAUAUGGUAGUGCAACCCAGUUAUAUUUGGUGCCUCUUAUUCUGCACAAGGAACAAGUGUGCAUUACACAGAACCAUUAUCCAGGAUCGAGGUUGUCAACUGCCUCAAAUCUGAGUCAGGGACCUAUAGUUUCUCAAGUGACAUUACCUUGUGAUUCUCAAGGGUCCAUUGACUUCAGCAAUUACCCCUUCCGAUCUUAUGUUGUUGAUCUACGGGACAAGAUGACCGGCAUUAGUCUCUAUGGGAUUGUUACAAGCAUAAGAGCAUCAGAGGGCAUGUUUUCUUUGAGGAUUGAAGAUACAUCUGGAGCAAUAUGGGCAAAGCUACAUUUUGUUACAUCUUGGUCGCUUGGAAGAUUGGAGAUGGGUCACACUGUCUACAUAUCUGGAUUAAGCUCUUUGCUCACUCCACUAAAAAGCCUUGAACUAUCUUGGUAUGAGAAUGGCACUGGAUCGUCAUUCUUCAAUUUGAGUUGCUUGCCAGCUUUCCUCAAUACAUCUUGUCUUCACAGAUUAUUGUGUCUUUCUGAUCUAUCCAUCCACACAAGCGGUGUACAGGUAUGCCGUGUAUGGCUGGAUCAGAUUGAACACUGUCAUGUAGAUACAGGAUUUAUGCAUACCCUUUGUGGUCAACUUAUUGAUAAGAAGGCGCCUAGUGGAGAUCCUGAAUGCAAAUUCUGCCAUAGAAUUUGCAAUGGUGAAGUGGAGCGCACCUUCCAUUUGAAGAUUACUCUGGCAGAUGACACAGCAAAGGUUUUUGCCUGGUGCAUCGGCCAGACUGCUGCUGAGUUGCUGCAAAUAUCUCCCAAUGAAUUCUAUGAACUACCCGAGGAAGAACAAAUCAUGUAUCCAUCAUCCCUUGAGCAUGAAAAGUUUAUUGUAGCAAUUGUGAACAGCAGAAGGCAGGAAUGUGGAGCGUUUAUGGAGCGAGAUCAUGACAUGGUUGAUUGGGAGGUCACUCGCGCAAUCAAGUGUGAAUGAAUAUAAUUGGUCGGUGUGGGCUAGGGUUUCUUUAUUUAUCAAGUGUCAAAUAGUAAAUGAACAAUGUACUUAAAACAAUGCGGUCACAAGUGGAAGAAAGGGGUUGAAAUCCUCUCCAUUAUAUACAAAUACUUUGGAUUAUGUCAUAUCAGUCAGAUUUGUAAAAACAAUAUCUGGAUGUGGGCAUAAACGGAUAUUGUACCAAACCCAUGUUUUGGAGAAAAUAAUGUAGGAUUAUUAUUCCAUUAAUCCAGCUUUGACUUUUUUCCUCACCAAACUCAGUAUCUUUGCAUCCAACAGCCUGCAAUAAUAGUCCACAUGUAUAUUCUCCAAAAGGAAUCAACUAGGAUGUGAAGAACAAAGAAGAAAUUACUGCUCUACUGCUGUUCCAUUUCAUUAUAGUUCUACAUUAGUGAAGGUUCAAAGGUAAACCGGGCAUGCCUAGCAUUUGUAGUCUGUCUGAAUGUACACAUUGACUCAAAGUUAAAUGAACCAAAACCGGGUAAAA